AUGCAACCCCCGGAACGCAGACAACCACUCCGGAUUAUCCGCCACCGUCUGAUUCCACGUAUCCUCCGAGUCAUACAGCAACCGGCGCGACUCCUGCUGAAACAUCUCAUCGCUCGGGAUCACCCCCUGCCUCAUCUGUUCCUGCGCAAACCGACUCAGGUGCAGCGUGAGCACCUGCGUGAAGGAGCUGAGCUGCUCUGGCGCCACGCCUGGUACCAUCGUCUGCAAGGGCCGUGGCACGCCCGGCGCCUCGAUGGUAUUCGCCUCGUGGUGGUCAGUCGAGUUCCAGUGGGCUCGGGAGGAAAUAGCCGGUUGUCCGAUUCUCCAGCUAUCCAUAUCUGGCGGAGCCGCGACGUUAUGGACGAGUCGCAGAUGUUGGACGAGGUGGUCUUUGCGGCGAAAAGAACGACGCGUGCCGGACUCGCGUUCACGCCUAAUGGAUUGGAAGCCGACGAGCCAGAGCGCGCGGAGUGCUGCGAGUCCCGGGACGAUGCACUGGAUUCACCGCUGGUGGUCGAAGCAGCUCGAUAGUGACGGAAUGAGCUGUUUCGGAGUGACCCGUGAAUGACUUGCUGGGGCGCAACCUUGAGAGCAUCCAGGAUGUCCGGGAUUAAAGCCGGCUCCUCUUCCGGGGGAGAAUUGCGCCAUCAUUCCAUGGGAUUGAGGGUGGCAUUGGGGAUGACAACUGGAUCCGUCGGCUCUCGAUUUCGAGUGAGGUACCGACUUCUCCGUCGCGGUAGCUGGCGAGGCGGAUUCAGCGUAGCGAUGCCACUAGGAACGUUUUCAAUGCCGUUGGGAUAGUGUUGAACCUCAGGGCGGACAACUGGCGGUGGGAGAUUAUCAUUCAG